AUGUCGUAUCCCUACUACUGCGAGUUCUUCACCAAAUUCCCAAAGUUCAUUCCGCCCAAGGACCCGGCGGAGCGUCUGGUUGACCCGCGCCAGAAGCUGGAGCCCGGCUGCACAGCCCGCUGCUCUCUCUGGGUCAACGAGUACGAUGCUUGCACCAAGCGCGUGCGUGCGCGCACGGACAACAAAGGCAAUUGCUCGGGUCAAUAUGAAGAGCUCCACGUCUGCAUAGACAGAUGUAUUGCGAAAGAUCUCUUCAAGUAUUUAAAGUGA